AUGAGUUCAGGAUAUGGCAUGCAUGGCGGCGUCGGCCGUUGCUUUCCUUUCUGGCAGGAGGUCAUGGCCUGCUAUGUCGUCAACACAUCCGCCGCAGACGACUCAGGCAAGAAGAAGUGCUCGCCUGUACUAGAGGAUUACUACGAGUGCCUGCAUCACAAGAAGGAGCAUGCGAGAGCGCUGGCCCUACAAGCCGCAUAUGCCCGAGCUCAAUCAGCAACCGCACGAGACGAUGCGCCGAGUGCCAGCCAGAUCCGGAAUCUGGGACUGCUAGGGAAGACGGAGGACACAAAAGCGGUGCUUGGACAGGGAAACUGA